GGCCGACCUAUCACAUCAGGUUCUGCCGGCAUUCAUUGCGGAGGGUGCUAUUGGCCUUGUUUCGAAUAAAUUCUAUAACUCUUUAGUCACCGACUAAUAACACCUGGCGUAUCUCCUGAGGCACCGGCCGAGGCUCGUCCCCCGAGUGCCAGCCCACUUGCUCCUGAAGUAACUGGCGCUUCUCAACCUCGACCGCCCUUGAACAGGGUUGAUUCGCGUUCAUCUAUACAACCACGACCAGUUGGUCCACCUCAAGGUCAACCGCGCCCACAGUUUCAACCAGGAGGUCCAGUGACAGCACCUUCUAAGUUUGGCCCUCGCCCUGGCACACCAGUUACGCGUGGACCACUGUCUACUGCUCCGCCUGGUAAUUCUGGUAAUCAGCAAAUAAGACCACCGCCAUUGCGCCCACUUGGACCACAGUCAAUUGUUCCACAAGGUCCAAGACCUUUACAAUCACCGACGUCAGGACAACCUCCACAGAGAACACUGCCACCAAAUAAUUUACAGUUUGGUCCAAGACAACCUCCCCAGUUUGGAUCUGUCACUACACCUGAAGUUAAUCGGCCACCUAUAGUGCAGCAAGGUAACGGAGCUCCUAGAAACGGGGCAAAUAAUACAGGGCCACCAACCGGCCAAAUUCUUAGGCAAACAUCACAAGGCUCUUUAAGGGGCCUGGAACAAUCGAAUACGUACCAAAAUAAACCAGCAACCCUGGAUACCCAUAACCAAAACAUUUCCAAUGACAAUCAAAAUGAUAACAAACCAGAAAAUGGCAUUGAUAUGCCAGGCAUGGCAAAGGGAAGAAGUUUUAGUAUUGCAGCAGCUCCUGGAACACCAAGUCCUCUUAAAAUGGAAGAUGAUAGAAGGAAAUCAGUAAGCGCUAUUAGUGGAAAAAUAGAAGAGUUCACAAGUAAAAGUCCAGCCCUUGGUUUGAUUCAAGAAGCCAAAAUUGAAAGCAAAGAAAAUAUACGCGCAUCUCAAGAAAAUGUCAAAACGAUUGAAGCUAAAGAUGUUCCUGAAAGGCCAGAGUCGCGAUUGUCUGGUUCUAAAAUGACGGAUUCCAUAAUAGGCUCAUUAACAACACCUAUAAAGAAAUUAAAUGAUGAUGACGAUGUAAUUUCACAAAACGUUCCUGUGCCUGCUAAGAGUAGCAACCAACUUAUACAAAAUCAGAAUAAAGUUGAUUUGUACGAUCGUUCACCGUCUUUAACACGAAGCGAAGAGUCUCCAGAACCAAAAACAUCACAGAGUCCAGCAUUAUCGCAGAAAUCUCAUACGCCUGAACCACAACGUCCCAAAACACCAAAAACCGAAAUUAAGGAAAUGAGAUCAGUGCCUGUGGUUCAAGAAAACAACAAACCUAUUCCGAAAUCGCCAGCGGCAGAAUCUAAGCCGCCAUUGCCAGUACAAAAGAAACCCAAUGAACUUAUAACAUCCAUUACGCCUACUGAUUCUAAGAAGUCUACUCCUCGCAAAGCAGCAUCGGCACCAAAAACUCGAGCUAAAGAUGGGGAUAACGAUAGUGGCGUUGAUGAAUCUACUCAAGGAAACGAUAUGAAUGGUUCUCCGGGUUCACCGAAUAAGAAAAUUCCAAGCAAGUUGCCAACAAAGGAAAAAUCAAGCAGUAGCCUCAAACAUAAUCUUUCGCGAUCAUCGAGCAAAAGUGCUGCUGCUAAAACUCCAGAGAAUCCGACUCCAACUGAUAAAAAGAAAGUGCCGAUGAAUAAGGUCCAAGUGGGUAAUGCGCCAUCACCAAAUAUUAAAACUGUGAAGUCUAAGAUCGGUUCCCUGGAUAAUGCCACCUACAAACCAGGCGGCGGCAAAGUGAGAAUCGAAAACAGGAAGAUUGAUUUUAAUAAUGUCACACCCAAGAUUGCCGCGAAAAAUCAAAACUACACACCAAGUGGUGGUUCAAAGAAGAUUACUACUACAAAGCUGGAAUGGAAUGCAAAGUCAAAGAUUGGAUCGUUGCAAAACGCAUCUUACAAGCCAGGAGGUGGUGACAAGAAGAUCGAGACUGUCAAAUUAGACUUUAAAGAAAAAGCGAAGCCCAAAGUUGCAUCGACGGUUAACCUAACUCAUAAACCAGGUGGAGGAGCAAUUAAGAUUGAAAAUCAGAAAUUGGAAAUCAAAGCUCAAAGUAAAGUUGGAUCCCUGGACAACGUAAAACACAAACCCGGAGGUGGUGACAUCAAAAUAUUCGAUGACAAAGACUACAUCAAGCAGGUGGCUGGCCAGUCGCCGUUGCCGGAUGGCCGUUCGCACUCGCGCCAAGAGAGUCCACUACCGCCAUCGUCGCAGCCACCCAAAUCGGAUGAGAAUCUUAAUCAACAACCGUGUUAAGAAGACACGCAAAGGAGACUUCAGGUUCUCAGUUCAUGGAUCAAUAUUAACUUUUUAUAAUCAAAAGUCCAAAUUUCGUAUUUUUUUUAAAAUAUUUGUUAUUGAUGUAUUCGAUAUACGUACCUACCCAGAUAGAGUGAUCAUCUGUGAG